UCAGUGAUGGCGGCUUCGUUUCGUUCUCUCCCUGCAAGCUGUAACAACAAAUGGUACUACAACCGACAACAGAUCGACAACAGCCCAUCUCGGCGAGCUGGACUUGAUCCGGACAAAGAACUGUCCUACAGACAACAGGCGGCCAACCUGCUGCAGGACAUGGGACAGCGGCUCAAUGUGUCCCAACUCACUAUAAAUACAGCCAUUGUGUACAUGCAUCGUUUCUACAUGGUCCAGUCAUUCACCAGAUUCCACAGAAAUGUUAUUUCUCCAGCUGCUCUCUUCCUGGCUGCAAAGGUUGAGGAGCAGCCGAGGAAGCUGGAACAUGUUAUCAAGGUGGCUCAUGCAUGUCUCAAUCCUCAGGAUCCUUCUCCAGAUGUACGCAGCGAUGCCUACCUGCAACAAGCCCAAGACCUGGUCAUUCUUGAGAGCAUAAUACUCCAGACCUUGGCAUUUGAAAUCAUUGACCAUCCACAUACUCAUGUUGUCAAGUGCACUCAGCUGGUCAGAGUUGUUCCAGCGAGUAAGGAUUUGGCUCAAACAUCAUACUUUAUGGCCACAAACAGUCUGCACUUGACCACGUUCUGCCUGCAGUACAGUCCGCCCGUCGUGGCCUGCGUGUGCAUCCACCUCGCCUGCAAAUGGUCCAACUGGGAGAUCCCCGUGUCGACAGACGGCAAACACUGGUGGCAGUACGUGGAUCCUACGGUUACCCUCGAGCUGCUGGAUGAGCUCACACACGAGUUCCUGCAGAUUUUGGAGAAAACACCCAGCAGGUUGAAACGGAUCCGCAACUGGAAGGCUGGAGGUCAGACGCCAAAAGCCAAGCCCAAAGUCCAGGAGGACGGCGACCAGAGGGACGCCAUGAUGAGCAUGAUUUCUAUGGCUUCAUCAGAGAGCACUGUGGCGGGCCUCAUGAGCCUCUCCGCUCCACCCACCACUUCUUCUUCCUCUUCCUCUGGCGGGGAGAAGGACAGAGGUGCGUCCGGCAGCGCUCAGACCUGGAGUGGGAAGGGUCAGCCGGCCGUGUCCGAGCAGCUGCAGGCGAACAACGAGAUCCACGUCCCGGCUAAGGUGUCGCUGAGCGAGUACCGCGCCAAGAACGCCGACGUCCUGGCCGCCCAGAAAAGGAAGCUGGAGAACAUGGAGGCCAGCGUGAAGAGGGACUACGCCAAUGCUGCUCAGGCGCUCAUCGGGCAGCAGCAGAGGAAGGAGAAGCAGCAUCAUCAACAGCAGCAGCAGCAGUCCAGCUCUUCCACCUCCGACACGUCUAACCCGUCGCCCAUUAUUUUAAAAAUCCCUCUGGACAAGGAGCGGCACGAGAGGAGUUCACUGAAAAUGCGUCUCCCCCUCGCCGGAGGAGGAAGCGGUGGGCACAGCGCCGGCUCCCGAGGACAGGAGCAGGACAUCAAAGUGAGAAUACGAGUGCCCGAGAAGCAGAGGGGCAGCUCAGGAGAGGAGGGCAAGAGCAGGGACAAGCACAGAGAACGCUCCAACCACCACCACCAUCAUCAUCACCACCACCACCAUUCUUCCUCCAGCGGUGCCUCGCUCUCCUCCCACAAACACUCGUCUGGUUCCAGCGGGGCGUCCGGGAGCAACAAAAAAGUCCCGAGCGACAGGACUGGCUCCUCGUCCGCCUCGCGCAAGAGGACGCACUCCCAAGACCCCACAGCGGGCUCUCACCCUGCUGGCAAAGUCAGCAAGUCCGCUAGGAACACCUACCAGCUGCCGUCCCUGUCUUCCUCCUCUGGACAAACUCUGGGGCCCAGUGGGGACAUUCUCCCCGCACUGAGCCUCCCCCACCACCAGGGGAGCUACCCGCACUCCAAAGGCGACAAGACGGACACGAACGGGCACGGGGCCGCAGCGGGGGCUCAGUCGAACGAGUACCAGGAUACUUUUGAAAUGUUGAACUCGCUUCUGAGUGCGCAGGGGGUCCAGCCGGCACAGCCGUCCAUGUUUGACUACAGAUCCCAAUACGGGGACUUCAGGUACAGCGGCGGCUCUAGAGGGAGCAACUCCAGACCCCCACCCCUGCCUUCAGAACCUCCUCCCCCGCUGCCGCCAUUGCCCAAAUGAUUUCCCUGAGCAGGAGACGCAUUAUGAUUUUACUUGACAUCCAUCUUGUUACAUUAAGUAUUGUAAAAAUUCUCACCCAGCAUUUUUUACAGCAGAGAAAUGUACUGAUGAGUUUUUUUUCUUCUACAGUUCACGUGAGGGGCAAUAAUGAGACGCUUCAAAAGCUCUCCAAAUGUGAUUUUUUUUUUUUUUUCUUUUUUUAAA